AUGGCGGCCACGACUUUUUCGCUCCGUUUUCUAGUAGCAUUAUUACUCUCAUUGACCACCUAUGUUCGAAAUUCAACUCUAAAGGGGAACAGUUUAGCCACUUUAGAACCUGUUGUGCAGGGCUGGAGCUCAAGAGUAUCGAGACAGACCCUAAAUUCUGUCGGUGAGCUUUUGACCAGGCAUGUACGCCUUUCCAACAAUGGCUUCCAUCGGUCUCGUCUCCCGGUCGGUAAAUGGUCCAAACAUGGAGUCACUAUCCUCUGUGUGCCUGGUCACGACCCUCCAUUGGAUGUUACGGUCUUUUCCGACGUGGCUCUGAAUCCUGGUCCGUGGACAAAUGAAAUUUCAAGAAGGCCACCGAACUCGAGAGCUGACAAAGAUUCAGAACCUGAUUUGCAUAACCGCCAAGUUCCAUCUACUCAAUAUUCGAGAGGAGAGUUAAUGCUACUACGACAUGCUUAUAAACAAACAGUUGAUCGAUCUUUCUUUAGUACCCUUCGUGAAAACGGCAUAUUUCGAUAUCGAGGGAAGAGAUCAGGAAGACGAGUGAAGCAGAGAUCUGACAAAAAUAACAUCCAAACAGUUGCUGGUCGUCGUCCAUACAAAACAUUCUCGAAAGAACGUAACUUACAAAAUCUCAUAAUGGUUAACACAGAGUCCAGUGUUUCUGAACGGAAUUCUAAAUCUAGUCUUGCAACAUCGACCUUCGCAGUACCCAAAAUGUUGUUCACCAAUAUUUGCAGCUUAUCAAAAACAAAAAAUAGGGUUCGCGCUGCAGUGGCAUUGGAGGCUGACUUGCGAAAUAAAGACAUCGACAUCUGCCUUGUUUCGGAGACUCAUUUGAAGCAAGACACGCCUGACGCGAUAGUAAACAUUCCAAAUUAUACCAUUUUCAGACGGGACAGGUCCUGGGCUGGCCUUGAUAAAAGAGCUAAAGGAGGCAUCGCAAUAUACACAAGAAGCAAUGUAACCGUAAUAGACAUUUAUAGAUCGACACUCUACGAGCUGGUGUAUUUGACUAUAAGAUUACCCUCGGGACACUUGUUAUUGGUAUGUAGUGUUUAUCAUCCGCCUAAGCCAACCUACCGGACCCUGGAUUUUAUGCAAUACCUUGUAAACCUGAUGGACAAUGCGCUAGAUCAACAUCCAGGACUAACCAUUGUUAUUGGUGGCGAUGUUAAUCAACUUGAUGUACAAGAGCUGUGUAUGUUGACGGGCUGGAAUGCCCUCGUGACUUUCCCGACUAGAGGUGAUUCCUAUUUAGAUAACGUCUUUACAAAUCGACCGGACUUGUUUGGGGAGUGCAUUCCAUACAACAUAUCAAUCAAAACAGAUCACACGGCAGUUAUCUUGCCAGCAGGGAAGAAAUUAAAACCUCUUCGAAAAACGAUCAAAAUUCGAGACUGCAGGAAACACAGAAAAGAAGCGUUAUAUUUAGCGCUGGCAGAAGAAAAAUGGGAUAGUGUAUUAGAGAGUAAUGAUGUUAAUGAAGCCGUUCGCAACUUAGAAAACCUUAUUCAUGACAACCUGGAAAAGUGUAUGCCACUCAAGACUGUGCGCAUGUCAUCUCGUGAUCCGCUAUGGAUGACGCCUUUGGUGAAGUCCCUGUUAAAGACAAAAUCAAAGAUAGGACCAAAUAAUACGGAUCGGCUUAAAGAGAUCAACAAGAAAAUCAGUGAUCUUAUUUGCAAAAACAGAAAGAAUAUUUUGCAAGCACCAGUUGGCUCGAGGGAGUGGUGGAGGCAUAUUGAUAACCUCUCACAGCGCCGACGUUCUUCAGCUAAGGUCUCGCUUGAUGAGCAGUCACUAGUCGAACUCAAUGACUACUUUGCGAACCUCUGUUGGGACACAGCGUAUGAGCAGCCCACCCUGGUCGAAGUCCAUAGUGAAGACCACGCCCCGGUUAUCUCAGAAAGAUACGUGUGGCAAUGUCUGCAGCAUUUGAAGAACACUGCAACCGGACCAGAUCUCAUCCCAUCUUGGAUAUGGAAAGAACACGCAGAAAUAUUUACAUCAAUCAUCUGCAAGAUUUGGAACUGGUCUCUUGAAUCAAGUGUUUGGCCGUCGUCAUGGAAACGUGCCCAUGUAACCCCCCUACCUAAAGUGGAUGUACCAAAGGGCAAGACCGAGUACAGAGGAAUCAACAUUACGCCUGUUAUUGCCCGAGCUUUCGAAAAAGCUGUUUAUAACAUUCACGUGCGAGAAACCGUAGAAGAACUUCUGAGUUCCACUCAGUUUGCAUAUAGAACUGGCGGGAGUUGCACAGACGCGCUACUAUGCAUGCAGCACUCGGUCUACGGCUAUCUAGAUAGUCCGGAAUGCAAAGCCGUCAGAUUGUUUGCGAUGGACUUUUCCAAAGCGUUCGAUAGCGUAAAACACGUAAAUUUGUCAUGUAAGCUUAAACAAUUACCAUUAAGUCCCUUUAUUGUUAAUUGGUAUCUGAGUUUUUUGGCUAGCCGCCAACAGCGCGUGGUAUACAAUGGGUUUGAGUGUCAUUGGAAAUGUGUAAAUCGAGGUACAACGCAGGGCAGCGUUAGUGGCCCGUAUCUUUUUAACAUAUUUAUCAAUGAUUUAGAAAUCAAUUUAUGUAAUCAGCCCGCUCUGUUUAAAUAUGCUGACGACUCAAAUAUUGUUAUUCCUGUCUGGGCCAAUGGCGAAUGUCGCACGGACUUAGUAGAUUUGUUUUUAACUUGGACAAAGGACAAUGGCAUGGUAUGUAAUUCAUCUAAAUGCAAAGAGCUAGUUUUCCGCAAGAAAGGGUGUAAUCAGAAUAUCGAGUUAGUGAAUAACAUUCCGCAAUGUACGGUAUUACCGAUUCUAGGGAUUACCUUUCAGUCUAACGGCAAAUACAGUGAACAUGUGCGUUCCAAGUUAACAAAGGCAAAUAAGUGUCUUUACAUUUUAAGAUCUUUAAGAAAGGAAGGAAUUUGUCAAGAAGAACUCGAUCACCUCUUUAAGUCUAUUGUCCUUCCUGUACCCCUUGUACCCCUUGUGUAG